AUGACCGAGAUGAUUUUGAUGAAUAUCCUACCGAUAAGAAAACGACAUGUUGAUAAUUGUUUCGCCAAAAAUAUAUUUAGGGUAGGUUUUCUCUUUCAGUAAUUAAUUUUCAUUCAAAAAAAUUCAUUCAGCUCGCUUCAACAUUUCGAAUAAAUUUCCACAAUCCAGGACCAACUCGAAAACUGAAUUGUAUCAUAACUGCAAUAUUAUUCAGUAUUGGAAUAUACACAAUCUUCUAUAAUAUUCGAAUAACUUUUUCAUAUAAACAUAAACCAGCUGAACUUGCUGCUCAACUAUUGAUUGUUCUUUGGGCAAUUCAAUCGUUGAUUUCUGGCGGAUUUCUUAUUCAAUGGCAAUUGAACGGUGAUUUCAAACAUUUUCAUGAAAUUCUUGCAACUUGUCAAGGAUUGAGAGGAGUUCAAUCAGAAUAUGGCAAAAGGACUAUGCGAUGUUAGCUUUUUUUUUGAAAUCCAAAUAUAAAGCGUAAUAUAUUUUUCAGUGACCAAUAAGUUCUUCAUAUUUCACGUAUGUUGUAUUUGUAUAAUUACAUUGGCGUUUACCCUCAAUUUUUAUUUGGAGAGCUCUCACACUACUUUUAUCGAAAAACAAUCGUAUGUAUUUUAUUAUCAAGAACUUCGCCCGAUUUAUACUUUGAUCACAACAUAUUUAUAUAUUAUUUGGACUAUGACACUAUUUGUUUUGAUUUUAUAUACAAAUGCAACUUAUCUUGAAGUCAAAUAUUUUAAUGAAAAACUUGAAAAUUUUGAUGGAUCAGAUGAUAGUUCAACGUGUCAACAAUUGAUAAAAUAUCUUGAAGUCUAUACUAAUCUCUGUAAAGUGAUCCGAAAAUUGGACUUGAUUUUCAGAGUAAGUUCUUGUAAGUUUUAUCGAUUCCAAAACUUCAGGUUUUUCAGUUGUAUACAUUUAUAAUGAUUGUUAUAACUGUUCCAUCAAUGAUAUUUUCUUUGAUGAUGAUGAAUCAAAGAGUUCACGGACUGUUCGAUCUCAUUCUGUGUAUGCCUACAAUCGCAAUAUGUUCAUUCAGUUUUUUCUCGGUGACAGUUGCACCAGCAAGAUUGCACGAUGAGGUUUCUUGAGAAACAUCGAUUUUAAUAAAACAUUCAAAUUCAGAUCACAAGAUCGAGAGGAUGUUUGUGUUUGAACAAAUCAAUUUGGUUUCCAUAUCGAAAGGAAGUGUAUGUUGUUGCGAAUACGAUAACUUCCCACAUGGAACAACUUGAUCUUGGUGUUUCUGUUUGGGGUUUUGCCAUUCUUUCGAGGCCACUUAUUCUCGGAGUGAGUUAAAUUUAUAUUCUCCAAAAUCUUUUUUUUAUUUUUGCAGACACUUUCUGCUACUGCUAUGAUGUUAUCUUUGCUCAUGGAACUUGCCCCCAAAACUGAUCUACUGGAUUUGGCUUAA